AAUUCCUCCAAUCCCAAAAACCACAUUCUUCAUUUCCCACAACACGAACACACCAUCAUACCUCAUUCCAAUCUCUCCAUCAUUUCAAAUGGGGUGAUGAAAGUAUGUUGAUUUCGGAUGUGUAAGUUGCGAUCAAUCUAAGAAAUACUAAUCAUCAUCAAUGGAGAGCAGAAGCUUGGAAACAGAUGGGAGGGAGAAGGUGGUGGCCGUGGCUGUUGACGGGAAUAAGAGCAGCAUCUAUGCAUUGAAAUGGGCCAUUACUCAUAUCGUCACCAGGCACGAGACCCUUCGCCUUCUCCAUGUCAAAGAUCGAUACCUCUCAGAUCAAGAGCAGAGCCCAGAUGCUCAAAUCUCUGAGAUGAUGCUUCCCCUCAGAUGCUACUGCCAGCGCAAAGAAGUUAAUUGCGAGACUGUAGUAUUGGAGGAUAACGAUGUAGCCAAAGCAAUCGUAGAGUACAUUGGGCAUUUGGGUGUCAAGAUUCUGAUGCUAGGCACGCCCAGCAAAAGCGGUAUUUCCAGACUGUUUAGGAGUACAGAUAUACCGAGCACGGUAAUGAAAUGGGCACCCGAUUACUGCACCGUCUACGUUAUAGCCAAAGGAAAGAUCAGCUCUGUCCGGAAUUCUUCUCGCUCCAUUCCAUCGCCACAUCUUCCUCCGCUUUCUUCUUCUCCUAGUACUGCAAUGUAUCCCAGUUUAGCCCCUUCUGAAACCCCGUCAAUCAAGCGAGUGAAUGGAAGAUCAUACGACAACCUGGACUACGACCGCCUCCUUGCUGGAAUAUCAGACGCUCGGUUAAGCGUUGAUCAGAGCAACUCCCUCACGUUCUACGAUACCGUCCAGGAUUCUUCCAGGACGUCAAGGGCUGGCAGGGCUGACGUGCCCUGGGAAGCUUCUAGGACUUCAUCCUACGUCGACUGCAGAGAAGACUUUGAACCCUCCAUGACAUCCGGCUUUCGAUUGUCUAAUGGGUCUACCUCCACCUCGGCUGAUGAACGGUGCUCUUGGGACUCGGUUAGGCACAAUGUCAUGAUAGAGAGAAGCAAACAUGCACUUUUUUAACUCAC